CUUAUCUUUAAAAUUAUAACAGAAAAAGCAAGCACGCAGGUCAUCAUUUAUUAAUAAACAGGUAAAUUCAGAUGGUAUUAACAGAGCUAACUGAUCCAAAAGGCUCAUCGUCAAAUAUCAGUAACGCGGAUUGUGGAGGGUCCGGGUGCUCUUCGCAUUUAUAUAACUACAUCGUAGAACGCGCUGCACCUAGCAAGCUGUGUCAAAUGCGCCAUGUUCAGCCGAGACCGUACACACCGCUCUACCCCGAUAUCAUUGCCCGUGUCACGCAGUCCAAUGACUACACCUUGCGUCCACCACCAUACGUCGUGCAGCAGACACUGAUGGAAUUUUAUCGUGUCUGUAACGGUCAUUAUGGCAUUCACUGCGAAAUACCCAGCUCGAUGGAGUUGCUUACGAUGCAAGGCUAUCAUUACAACGCUAGUCAGAGCAGUGGUGGAAGUCUACAAGGUGUAGCGGCGGCGUCGUCGUCACCACCCAGUUUAUCGGUAUUCACAAGGGCAAGUACCUCAGCAAUGCCAAACAGGCUAGUAGUCACUGCAAAGGAUGGGAAACGUGAUACAAAUGAUGAAGAAGCGAUCAAGGCAAAUGACUUCACUAAAGUCUUGGAUGAUUACCGAAUUACACAGCUUCGCCGCAAUGCCCAGCACCAAGAUACGUAUAACGGCAGGAGGUUGUGUAUGUACUUCAAUACACGCGAGGGCUGCCGCCGGGGGCCCUAUUGUGAAUUUCUCCAUGUGGAUAAGAAUGGAGCGUUUGCGCAAAGCCGUCGUGUGGAAGGUGAUCCAUAAGUGCAGUAUAGAGCAUCUACUCCUCGAGAUGGUAUUACAAGGAGAAAGAAAUAAUUGUAAAUUUAUAUAAAACGAUUUCUAUUAGGUGGAAUAUGUGCCUGUAAUACGGCACUAUUAGGCCAUUGGUGGAUGUUUCUUUCCGUUGAUCUGGGGCUCCUAUUGUUUCUGAUAUGAAA